CCCUCCCUCCCUCAUUCAGGGGUGGAACUGAAGAAGAAGGCUAACUUGACAGCAGCGCUUCUUUCUUAGCUAGUCACCGGCCCCUGCCCAAGAAUGCCUGUGUGUGUGUAGCCUCCGCAGAGAGGUCAUUCUCCCGGAGUCCAGAGGGGCCGCCUAAUCUUCCGAGAACUCGGGAGGAGCCGUCCCAGCCAUGAGCCCCUGUGGGAAUCUGCUGGGGGGCAAGUGGCCUGGAGUCCUCACUGUCCUCCAGCUGCUCCGGAGGGAGAGGUGAGCCUGCGCAGCCUGCCUGCAGCCAGAGGUGCCGGGAGCCCCGGGCCCCGGGCCUGUCAUGGUGGUCGUCUGCAGCCAGCCUGAGGCACUCCCAGACGGGUUUGCAGCUGAGCCUGUUUGUCUGGUGUGGGAAGAAGAUGGGGAGUUACUUGUCAGUCCCGGCUUACUUCACGUCCAGAGACCCCUUCCGGUGUUCAGAAUGCCAGGAUUCCCUCACCAACUGGUACUACGAGAAGGAGGGGAAGCUCUACUGCCACAAGGACUACUGGGGGAAGUUUGGGGAGUUCUGCCACGGUUGCUCCCUGCUGAUGACAGGGCCCGUUAUGGUGGCUGGGGAGUUCAAGUACCAUCCAGAAUGCUUUGCCUGUAUGAGCUGCAAGGUGAUCAUCGAGGAUGGGGAUGCUUAUGCCCUGGUACAGCACGCUACCCUCUACUGUGGGAAGUGCCACAACGAGGUGGUGCUGGCACCCAUGUUUGAGAGGCUAUCCACGGAGUCUGUUCAGGACCAGCUGCCCUACUCCGUCACACUCAUCUCCAUGCCGGCCACCACUGAAGGCAGGCGGGGCUUCUCCGUGUCCGUGGAAAGUGCCUGCUCCAACUAUGCCACCACUGUGCAAGUAAAAGAGGUCAACAGGUUGCACAUCAGCCCCAACAACCGCAAUGCCAUCCACCCUGGGGACCGCAUCCUAGAGAUCAAUGGGACUCCCGUCCGUACACUCCGAGUGGAGGAGGUGGAAGAUGCCAUUAACCAGACGAGCCAGACACUUCAGCUGUUGAUUGAACAUGACCCCGUCUCUCAGCGCCUGGACCAGCUGCGGCUGGAUGCCCGGCUGUCUCCCCACAUGCAGAAUGCUGGACACUCCCACACCCUCAGCACCCUGGACACCAAGGAGAAUCUGGAGGGGACGCUGAGGAGACGCUCCCUGAGGCGCAGUAACAGCAUCUCCAAGUCCCCUGGCCCCAGCUCCCCAAAGGAGCCCCUGCUGCUCAGCCGUGACAUCAGCCGCUCGGAAUCCCUCCGUUGUUCCAGCAGCUACUCACAGCAGAUCUUCCGGCCCUGUGACCUGAUCCACGGAGAGGUCCUUGGGAAGGGCUUCUUUGGGCAGGCCAUCAAGGUGACACACAAAGCCACAGGCAAGGUGAUGGUCAUGAAGGAGUUAAUUCGAUGUGAUGAGGAGACUCAGAAGACUUUCCUGACAGAGGUGAAAGUGAUGCGCAGCCUGGACCAUCCCAAUGUGCUCAAGUUCAUUGGUGUGCUGUACAAGGACAAGAAGCUGAACCUGCUGACGGAGUACAUUGAGGGGGGCACACUGAAGGACUUUCUGCGCAGUGUGGACCCGUUCCCCUGGCAACAGAAGGUCACAUUUGCUAAAGGCAUCGCCUCUGGAAUGGCCUAUUUACACUCCAUGUGCAUCAUCCACCGGGACCUGAACUCGCACAACUGCCUCAUCAAGUUGGACAAGACUGUGGUGGUGGCAGACUUUGGGCUGUCUCGGCUCAUAGUGGAAGAGAGGAAAAGGCCCCCACUGGAGAAGGCCACCACCAAGAAACGUACCUUGCGCAAGAAUGACCGCAAGAAGCGCUACACAGUCGUUGGGAACCCCUACUGGAUGGCCCCUGAGAUGCUGAACGGAAAGAGCUACGAUGAGACGGUGGAUGUCUUCUCUUUUGGGAUCGUCCUCUGUGAGAUCAUUGGGCAGGUGUAUGCAGAUCCUGAUUGCCUGCCCCGAACACUGGACUUUGGCCUCAACGUGAAGCUUUUCUGGGAGAAGUUUGUCCCCACAGACUGCCCCCCGGCCUUCUUCCCCCUGGCCACCAUCUGCUGCAAACUGGAGCCUGAGAGCAGACCGGCAUUCUCAAAACUGGAGGACUCCUUUGAGGCACUCUCCCUGUACCUGGGGGAGCUGGGCAUCCCGCUGCCUGCAGAGCUGGAGGAGCUGGACCACACUGUGAGCAUGCAGUACGGCCUCACCCGGGACUCGCCCCCCUAGCCCUGGCCCAGCCCCCUGCAGGGGGGCGUUCCGCAGCCAACAUUGCCCCCUCUGCGCCCCAUCCCUGCCGUGAGCUGGGCCAUCGGGCUUCCUGUGGAUUGACGGCUUGUUUAGAAGGGGAACAAGCCAUCCCUACUACCUCUCCAGGAGGCGAGCGGGCGCAGCACCAGGGAAACAUAUCUCCACAGUUUUGGGGGUCUGGUUACUGUCUGUAAAUCUAACACUCGCCUGAAAGCUGUGAAGAAGAUUUAAAAAAAAAAAGCCUGCCCUUAGGGCCAGGAAGAGUCUGUUACUUGGAUCCACCUGGGAACUCCCUGGCAGUGGGAUUCCGGGUGGCUUUUUCUUACACUAAUCAGCGUGACCUGGACCUGCUGGGCAGGAUGCCAGGGUGACCUUGCCUGUGAGCUCUGAAGUCUCUAGGCCAGCUGGGUGCACAAGGACGCCAAGUGGGAGUGUGGACGAGAGAAAAACUGGUGACCAGGUGGCACUCAAGGGUGUGAAAUGAGAGCGAUGCUCCCCCGUCCACUCCAGAUCCUGCCCUCCCUGGAGGAGAGGUUGAGGGAGUAGGUUUUGAAGAGUCCCUUAGUCUAUAUUGGUGGAACUGGCCAGGAGUCAGGAAAAGGGCUGGCUUCUCUUCACCUGCCAGGGUGUGGCUGCUCUAGCCGGCCCAGAGACCACAUCAGCGUGAGGGGAGCUUCCGCCUCGUGUUCUCAAACUUACUACUGGAGACUGGCUGAGAACUUCUGGGUGACAUCCUUUCUUUCUACAACAAGCAGUCACCCACAAGCACAGGAAGAUGCUGGGGGCUGGAAAGAAAGAGGCCCUGCCCUCUAGAAACCCCAUAUCCCAGCUGCUGUUACUCAUACUCUAGUGGGCUCCUAAGACAUUUGCCUAAAGAUAGAUGACUUCUGGAGGACAGUGUGGCUUGUCACAGACCUAGGGUCUGAGGCCAGGGGAGUUGGAGUCUCAGCAACCUCUUGGCCUUGUCCUUGGGGCAGCCACUGCUCACCCUUCAACGUACCUGUUCCAGGCAGCAACUUGGGCUGGGAAGAGGAGGUGGCAGAGCUUGAGAUGCUGAGAGAGACAGCUCCCUGAGCAGGGCCAUCUAGCUUCUACCUCCCUUGUUGGCUGGCCCAGCUCACUAGCUCCUGGCCGCAGCCUCCUGAGCCAUAGCCUUGGGCACUGGAAAGCCCUGGGGGCACCUCCACCUUGGCUCUGAGAGCACCAGGGAUUCUUCAGCACAACUAGAUUUGCCUCCUCCUAAGUGUGUGAGCUUGCACCAUAUUUAACAAAUUGGGAAUGGGUUUGGGGUAUUAAUGCAAUGUGUGGUGGUUGUAUUGGGGGAGGGGGGAGUGAUCCAGGAGAGUGGUUGCUGUUGAUAUUAUCUUGUUAUAUCUAUUGGGUGAGAUGUGAAAUAUUGUACAUAGAUCUGAUGAAUUGUGGGAUCAGAUGUCAUCUCUGGCCAGAGUUUACUUGCUGUAUAGACUGUACUUCCACGUGACGUUUGCAAGCUUGCUGUAGGGUUAAGCCCUGGACUCCGAGCAGCAGCACAGUUCAGCAUCCUGUGGCUGGUUGUACCUCGGCUGUCCUCAGCAAGUGUGGGAGUGGUGGGCCUGAACUGGGCCAUUGAGCAGACUAAAUAAAUUAAGCAGUUAACAUAACU